CCCGUUGCUAGAACACGGCAGCGCCAAACAUUUCAGCGACGACUGCUUCCUCAACUGGGGCAAUACAGAGCUGGACUUGCUCAACGUCUGAAAAUCAAGUCUGGAUCAGUACCAACUCUCCUCGGCUCAGCUACAAACCUCGAAAAAGCCAGCUCAUCAAGUGCUUACAUUCAGCAGCUUCUUUCAAGGGAUGUUGCCUGCCAGACAGAAAACCUGGAAACGCAUAUUUGUAGGCACAAAGCUAUCCUUAAAGUCUAUGCAGCCCCAUUUUAAAAGUGAAGUAGACUGCGAUGCCUUUGGAGACCGUAGCACUCAUCACAACGCCACCUCAGAGAGUCUGGGUGUGGACGCACCUGGCUCCUCCCACAUGUCCAGUCACUGCAAGGAGCUGAAGAUUCUGAGCGUCUACGGAAAAGGGGAGGGCCCACUGGCGACGGACGGCCAUGACACCCUCUUCACCACGUCAGAAGUGGAGGCCCUGAACUCGCUGUCUGCGGACCACAGCGUGGCCAAGAGCCUGGAGCGCGGCGAGCGGCUGGUCUGCCGCGAGGAGCUGAGUGUGCAGCAGACCCCAGACACCAUUUCAAUCAAGGUUGAAGAGGAUAUUGGUGGAGGCUUGCCCGCCGUAGAAGACUGCGAAGCCUUUGGAGACCGUAGCACUCAGCGCAACGGCACCUCAGAGAGUCUGGGUGUGGACGCCCCUGGCUCCUCCCACAUGUCCAGUCACAGCGAGGAACUGAAGAUUCUGAGCGUCUACGGAAAAGGGGAGGGCCCUUUGGCGACGGACGGCCAUGACACCCUCUUCUCCGCGUCAGAAGUGGAGUCCCUGAAUUCGCUGUCUGCGGACCAAAGCGUGGCCAAGAGCCUGGAGUGCGGCGAACGGCUGGUCUGCCGCGAGGAGCUGAGUGUGCAGGUGACGUUCCGAUCAAAGUGGCUACGGAAGAAGAGUGAUGAAGCGCAGAGAUAG